UACUGCCCUCUAUUAGUGAACGGCGGGAAUUACACGUCUCUACAGAAACUGGGUGCAAAAUACAUACCGCCUUCGGAUUGAAAAUAAAUAACUUCUUUCAUUAAAAUCAUGCAAGUUUGCAAAUCGUACUUUCCCAAGGAUAUACGAAACAAUAACAAAAACGUUGGUAACACUUCUUAACUUUAACAUUGGCAGAGGAAUCAUCUGGCACCUACAAAAUGCUUGGACUUCAAGAAACAAGGUCUACUGGAAGUCCUAAAACAUACAGCUGUGUGGCAUGCUCAGCUACUUUUCAUAAUUUGGCAUCACUCCUGGUGCACCAAGCGUCUCAUGCAAGUGAUAACUCUCAACAGCCAGAAUCGGCACUACCUACUUGUGUCAGCUGUGGAAGCUUAUUUGCGAGCAAAGAUCUCCUUGAAAAACACCACUGUGUAAUGUUGCCCACUCCAGCAUCUCCAGUCCACACCUACAUAUGUGACUGUGGCGAGGAGUUUAGUGAACUUACAGCUCUUGAAGACCACAAAAAACAACAUGGGUCAGAAGACAAGGUCAAAUCAGAUUUGGAGAGUAUUCCAGUUGUGCCAGAUAGCAAAACAGACUCCAGCCGUCCUGUCUCAGACCAAGUUUUUCACAGUCUUUCACCAUCCCAUUCCAAUGAAAAACCCCUUGCACAAAGUCCACCUCCUACUUCAAACACUGACAUCAAGAAGAAUGAAUCCAAUGAAUCUGCAGACAUGGACAGCAACGAAUCUGCAGACAUGGACAGCAAUGAAUCUGCAGACAUGGACAGCAACGUCUUGAAGCCAUCUGAAUCCAAUGAAUCUGCAGACAUGGACAGCAACGAAUCUGCAGACAUGGACAGCAAUGAAUCUGCAGACAUGGACAGCAACGUCUUGAAGCCAUCUGAAUCCAAUGAAUCUGCAGACAUGGACAGCAACGAAUCUGCAGACAUGGACAGCAAUGAAUCUGCAGACAUGGACAGCAACGUCUUGAAGCCAUCUGAAUCCCACCCUGUGACUGAAGAGGAAGUACAGUUACCUGAGCAAGACAGUGAUGCUUUAACAACCUCCAACGUGGUAAACCAUUCUGUGCAAGACAAUGAGAAAUCACCAGAAUCUGGUGAAGAUUCAGCUGCAUUUAAUAAGAAAUCAAUCCUGAAGAUGCUAGCAUCUGCUUACAUGAGUCAUAAACAACCCGUCCAAAUGAAACAGAGGAAUUUGCCCCCCAGAAAAGCUUCACCGAGAGCACCAAUGCAACCUGCGAUCACCAUGACAAUACCAAAACCCAAGCCACUGGAGAAUCAAUCAAAGAUAAAAAAAGACAACACAGUGGUCGGUGUGAAAACUGCAAAGAUGUUGCCUAAGAAGAGCAAGAUUAUAUCUGUGACACAAACUCUCUGUCCUGUGGUGGUUCUUGAGACUCGUCAAAAACUUUUUGGCCGGGACAAUGUGGAAGGCAGACAUCAGUGCAGACUCUGCCGUAGGGUUUUCCAAGACGUAGACACCUUGAUAAUGCAUCAUGCCCUGCAUAAAAAAGAAAGAGUUAAAUUUUGUCUUUGUUGUCAACAAUUUGUGAUAACGGUAAUCUCCAUCCCAGAAAGCCAUGUCUGCUAUGAUGGAUUUUCUAGAAACCAUCAACCUUUGAUGGGAAAAAUGUCUCUGAAACCAAUCAGCCCUACAGCUCAACAGACAGAAAAAAUUUUCUACUGUUCUUUAUGCAAGCGUGGCUACACACGCAUGCGCAGCCUCAAAAAGCACAACUGUCCGUGUAAAGCUUCUCUGAAAUCCCCGACCACUGUGGGCACCAGCGGUAAUGUCAAACUUCAAAACUUGGAGGAGUGCAAUAGAGCUGUCCUAAACUCGAAAACAAAUCAAAUGUCAACACAGCAUAUAAAUAUUGGCGUAGGCACAGAGCCGAUAAAGAUUGAGGAACAGAACACAGAACUUCCUAUCGGCAAGAAAGAUCAGACUGGGCUGAAGAUGCAGCUGAAGGACCAGUUAAAUCCCCCAAAAACCCUUGAGUCUGUCUUUGCCAGUGUUUCUAACUCCAAACCAACUGAAUCAACUAAAAACUCUGUUGAAGUACCAGCCAACACUGUUGACGUAAAACAAGAGGAAAGAGAUCAGUUGGUUGAAAAGCAGUGGACCAUGCCUUUGGAUGAUGCUGAAAUUGAUGUACUAAUAGAUGUGGAUCAAAAGGACUCGGAUGAGGACGAUUUGACAGAUGUGGUUAGAGACGACUGUGAUGAAGCUGAGGAUGUUGUCAUUGUAGAGCCUCAUGAGGACAAGGAAAUGAAGUCAGCAGUACCUAGUAAUGGCUUUCAGGUGCAUGUGACUAACAAAGGCUUGAAGAGGUUUGUUUGCAACGGGUGCCAGAGAAGCUAUUCCCGUCUGUUUACUCUAAAGGAGCACUUGAGUAUUUGUGGGGCAAGAGAGUUAAAGCAGCAAAAUGUUACAUCAUCUAAUACGGCUGGGCCGAUUAAAAGGUUUCCAUGUCCUCAGUGUGGUAAGUUCUUUAGCCGCAAAGACAAUAUGAAUAUGCAUCAAAAGAAGUGCCAUCCUGCAACAAACACUGAUUCAGUAGUAAGUAAACGAACCGUGGAGCCUAAAACACCUGUGGCUCAGGAAAACUUAUUUGUCCUGUCACCAUCUACAGAAAACCAAGCAGUCCGACAAGAAAGCACUCAGAAUACUAGCAGUAACAGAAACUGGGGGAUCAUGUCACUUCCAUCUGUGCUCCCAAGAAGAGUGACGUGCGAAUGCGGAGCCUCGUUCACUUGUCCUCGACUUCUCUUCGAACACCUGCAACAGCAUGCGCAGGAGUCCUACAUUUGUCCACACUGUGGUGAGAACCUGCAGUCGUGGAUGGAUUUUGAGGCACAUCAGCAGUUGCACCAAUCUCAAAGCUCUGCAAGUGAGCAAAGAGCUGCCCAGCAACAACCUCAUUCGUUUUCCCAAGGGCUACCAUCACGCGUUCCGACUCGGCAACCUCAACAGUCUUUUUCUGAGCAUAACGUAAAAGCCCAACCGCCUGGACUCUUGGCACCUCAACAUUUGAACAACAGGCCAUUUCCUGAGGCACUGACUUGCCAUAAAUGCAAAAAGAACUUCAGUCUCCGCAGUUCCUUGUUAAGACACUUACGAUUGCGUUGUACUGGCGAUACUGCAGGUCAGAAGAAACACACCUGCUCUCGUUGUGGUACAACAUUCCAAAGCCCAUUGAUGCUUAAAGUUCACAUUCAAAGCAAUACCUGUAAACCCGCAUUUAAACCGAUUCGGUGCCCGGUGUGUGUGCGUUGGUUCAGUUGUCUAGAUGGGCUCAAGAGACACCUGGUCUCACACAGCAGGCAGUCUGUCUUAACAUGUCAGAUUUGUGACCAGAACUGUCCAACCCCUCAGGCACUCGAGGAGCAUAAAAGAAACGUUCAUCGACUCAACAGCGGAAUGAGGCCAGCGGAGGAUGCACAAGAACAGUUGCAUCAAGCAGGUGCACAAACCAGUCCAUCUACUCCUUUUCAAUGUCACAUUUGUCUUCGCUACUAUCCAAAGCUUCAGUCCCUGAAGGAUCACUUGAGGAAAGUUCAUCGGCCUAAACAGCCGAAACAAACUAAUCGGAGUACCCUAGAACCGGUCCGUUCUGGACCGUUUCAAUGUCAGAUAUGUGACCGCUCCUAUCCUAACAUAAAAUCUUUGAAAAACCACCGAAGAAGAGUGCAUCAUAUUGUGGGUGGUGUGUUUCUGCCAUCAAAGGGUACUGAGCAAAACAUCACUCCCAAUCAGUUUCAGUGUCACAUUUGCCCAUGCAGCUAUCCAGAUGAACAGUCCCUCCGAAACCACAGAAGGAGGGUCCAUCAUAUAGUGGAAGGUCAUGAGCUGUCGAGGGGAGUCGCUCAACACCAUCUAUAUAAGUGUCAGAUUUGCCAGCGCAGCUAUCCUGACGCAGUGUCCCUUAGAAAUCAUAGGAGGAGAGUUCAUCGCCUAUUAGGGCCAGUGCCUGAAACACCACCACCACCAACAACAACGAAUAAUGACACAGAAGAUGCUCUAGAGCAGAAACCGAUACCUUUCCUUUGAACGGUGUUCAUGCAUUCAUAAAAGGUGGAUCUGCUGCUUGCCUUUAUUGCUGUAUAUGCAAUCAAAAUGUUGAAAAAGAAGUCAUAAGGCAGCACCUGUUGAGUACAUUAUACCAUUUAGUAGUAAAAAAUAAUUUAGAAUAGUUAAAGUUUCAUAUCUGAUCAGUAGUGUAACAGGUUUUUUUGUCUUGUUAAUACAUUGUUCAGCUUCCUCUAUAUUUCAUUGAUGUUGCCUUAAUUUAAUUCAUCUAUUAAAUACAGAUUAUUUUCCCCCCAAUACAAACAGAAAGAUUUUUUGGCGAAUGCACUGUAUAAAUGUAAAAUAGAACAGUUAAGUGCUGUUUUUAAGGUAGCCAAUGUGUAUUAGUGUACUGUAAAUACAUUUUGAUGUAAACAUGUCCUACGUUGCAUCAAUAAACACAAUAGUGACAUCUU